AUCAACUCAGAUGAUGCUCCAACCGCCAACUUUAACGCCGAAUGCGAAUGGUGAAGAGUUCAGAGGAUCCGUCAGUACAGAUCGUAGUUCAGCUUCUCCUUCCAACAUUGACGAGAUCAUGGAAGACGAUGUGAAUCAGAAGGACGAGGAUGAAGAUCUGAACUUAGUGGAUCGUGUCAGCAAGCUCGAGACAAAUUUUGUAUUCAUUCAGCAUCAGCUAUCCUCUAUCAUGAACCAUCUUCAUGCUCCACAAUGCAAGUGUACAACAUGCUCCAAAGUCAACCAACCUGGAGCUGAAGAGCAGAAGAAUGAUACAUCAGUGCUCUCGCAGCUAUUCCCUAAUGCUUCUGAUCAGCAACUCAAGACUCUCCUCGAUCUCUCGAAAAUGAACAAGUUGCCAUCACAAGUUGUUCACAAGGAUCAACAGAACGGAUCAUCUUUUCUACCAUCAGCAAAUAAGACCUCUGAAAAUCCAAAACCUAUUGAACUGAAGCCUCUGAAGCUUGGACAAGGCUAUCAGAUGGCGAAUGGUGGAGGUGGAGGCAAGAUUCAUACCGAAAGACUCUCAGAACCAGCGAGAAAGCAGAGCCGGAAAGUUGGAUUCCCACCACCAGUUGCUUCAUAUUAUCAGAGAAAGGAGAGCUCGAAUCCUUUGGUCCCGCCAACUCCAUUGUCGUCCAUCCCAAAUCUGAUUACAAAUUCCAAUGCAGUAUCAGCCAACACUUCAACAGCUUCACCAGGACCCUCCUCGGAAGGAAGUGGUGAUGAUCAUCUUGAGGCUCCAAAUGAGGUGGCUCACAUGCAUUCUAGUACCGUACCAGCUACACCAACAACUCCAGGAGCCAACUUGUUCACUCAAUCUAUGGUCGAUAUGCUCAAACUGAAUGCACAAAACGCUGCUCACUCGACAGGUUCUCCUGGAUUCUUACGUGGACGUGGUCGCGGACGUCCAAAGCUUAUCGGAGAUGAACUUGAUGCUGAUCUCGUUGACUACAUGGUUUCCCUGAAGAACUCAGAUCCACAUGGUGGCCACUUCACCGCAUCUCAGGCCCUGCAUAUGGCUCGUCAAUACAUACUCGAAAGAGCUCCAGGCCUUCUCGAAGAGCAUGGAGGUCAUGUAAAGCUGAAGCUCACCUGGGCGAUGAAGUUGGUGUCGAGAAUUGGGGAACGACAGCGGGAAAUCGAGCUAGGACUUCCAGCCGGAACACUGUCGAAUAUGGGACGAAACUUGACAAAUAUACCGGCUGGUGGCAAUUUUAUGGCUGAUAUGAUGGCUCAGAACAUCUUUUCGCAGCAUAUGAUGAUGGUGAAUCAACAAUUGGAAGGUGGAUCUCCACCAGCAUCUUCUUCAUCAACUGCCACGACAUCGACAGCCACGAAGACAGUGAAGCAAGAGUCGAAAAAUGGACAUCAGAAUGAGGAAAAUUUAAAUGUGAAACAAGAAGCCUCCACGAUGCCCGAAAUAAUAAAUAUCAAAGAGCUCAAUCUUCCAUUCCUCAACAACUUCCUUGCCGAACUAAACGACAACAACUCGGGACUGAUUGACGGUGAAAUUGGUGCAGCAGGUCCAUCCAUGGCUGCUCUUUUUGCUCCGAACGCAUAAUUUUUAAAAACAUUUUUUUGUUUUAUUUUCUUGUUGUAACAUUUUACUACUGAACCUCCAUUCAUCUCAAAACAGACCACCCGAUUUUAUGGGUAUUUUUCGAUAUAUUCUUAUUGUCAAUUACUUCUACUUUUUCCCUGUCAUCACCUCUUCCUAUAUGUAUCAUUUUCUACACAUAGGCAUCACUUUCAACAUGUUUUAUACUUGCUUUUUUUUUUGAUUUUCCAAUUUUCCAAUUUUCCGGCAUCAACAUUCACAAAACAAAAUAUGUUAACAAAAUUCAAAUUAACAGUAUUCAAAUAAAUUAUACAAUCAAAU